AUGGAGAGGCUGAGCCUCGGCAGGCAGGCUGCUGGAGGACCUGCCGCUUCCCUUCUCCUCGCUCUGCCAGUAGUGGCUUCUUUCCAGGACUUGAUGAUGCUGGAGCCUCUUGAGGAUUUCGACCUGGAGGAGAGCCAGGGGAACGAGUCAGCGGCCCACCCACUCUUCUUCUCCCUGGACUACCAGCACGUCCAGGUUCCCUUUGAAAUAACCUUGUGGAUCAUGCUGGCUUCUUUGGCUAAGAUAGGUUUCCAUCUGUUUGAAAAACUACCCUCGGUGGUACCCGAAAGCUGCUUAUUGAUCUUUGUGGGCCUCAUCAUGGGAGGGAUCAUCUAUGGUCUAAACGACAAGUCCCCUCCGGUCAUGGACAGUGAUAUUUUCUUCCUCUACCUCCUGCCGCCUAUUGUCCUGGACGCGGGCUAUUUCAUGCCCAGUCGCCCUUUCUUCGAGAACAUCGGGACGAUCCUCUUGUACGCUGUGGUGGGGACCAUAUGGAAUGUCUUUGGCAUUGGCUUCUCGCUGUAUGGGAUAUGCCAAGUGGAAACCUUCCAGCUGCGUGAUAUAUCGUUGCUCCAUAAUCUCUGGUUUAGUAGCUUGAUUGCUGCCGUGGACCCUGUUGCCGUGCUGUCGGUGUUUGAAGAGAUCCACGUCAACGAAAAGCUUCACAUUCUGGUUUUUGGAGAAUCUCUCCUCAAUGAUGCCGUAACAGUUGUCUUGUACAAGCUGUUUCGAUCGUAUGCUGAAAUGCCGUCAAUCAAAACGGCGGAUGUGUUUGCAGGAAUUGGGAAAUUUUUUGUAGUCGGGAUAGGGGGGGUCUUGGUUGGCCUCCUCUUCGGCACGAUAGCCGCCUUCACCACUCGCUUCACCAAUAACAUCCGCGUGAUCGAGCCCCUGUUCGUCUUCCUCUACAGCUACCUGUCUUACCUCACAGCUGAAAUGUUCCAUCUCUCGGGUAUCGUGGCAAUCAUUGCAUGUGCAAUGGGCAUGAAGCGUUAUGUGGAGGCCAACAUCUCUCUGAAGUCCCACACAACCAUUAAAUACUUCAUGAAAAUGUGGAGUAGCGUCAGCGACACCCUCAUCUUUAUCUUCCUUGGCGUCUCCACCAUCGGCGACAACCAUGAAUGGAGCUGGCCGUACAUUUGCUUCACUGUCAUUUUCUGCCUCCUUUGGAGGGCGCUAGGAGUUCUUGUGCUGACUUUCAUCAUAAACAGAUCACACGUGAAUACUGUGACCUCGAAGGACCAGUUCAUUAUUGCCUAUGGGGGACUUAGAGGUGCCAUCUGCUUCUCACUGGUUUUCCUGCUCCCAAACUUGCCAAGAAAGAAGCUCUUUAUUGCGGCCACGACCGUGGUCAUCCUCUUCACAGUGUUCAUACAGGGAAUAACUAUUCGUCCUCUUGUUGACUUGUUAGCUGUCACCAGACAACAAGAAAGUGCCCCCACUGUGGGAGAACAAAUUCAUAUCCGUUUCUUGGAUCAUCUGUUGGCUGGCAUAGAAGAUAUAUCAGGACACUGGGGACAGUAUUACUGGAAAGACAAACUUGAAUAUUUAAAUAGCAAAUACCUCCAGAAGUUUUUGCUGCGGGAAUACAUGCAACCCAAAUCAAGCAUUGUGCUCUUGUACGAGAAACUGGAGAGGAAGCAUGCCAUUGAGUUAGCUGAAGCUGGACAGCUCAUUUAUGGGCCGACCCAUUCCUCGUUGCUCACCAACGACAAACCUUCUGCAACUGGCAACGACUUGGACAGUCUCAAUCUAGAUGGAGUGGAUGACAUCCAAAAGAUUUUGGAAAGGAACCUGUACAAAACAAGGAGAACAGUGCCAGCGUACAACAGGCAUACUCUUCCAGGAGAAACGGAACCAGCCGAGCAAGCCAAGGAGCUCUUGAUCCUCAGACAUAAGAGCUGGCAGAUCCACAUGACCAGUAGUGACUCCGAUCAUUUGAGCAAGGAGGUACAAAGUCCAGAGGAUGGGUGGGCCCAGAGGAGCUUUCGGAUUUAG